CGGCGUGUUAAGAUGAAAAUUAAAUUAAUUUUCUAUCUGUUUGCCUUCGGUUUCGUCGCAGCCAAAAGUGAUCAAAAGCGACGAAGGCCAGUAAUCGAUACAUCAGCACAAGACAGUAAUGGAAAUUACGUGGAUCAGAUAGCUUUAGAUUCAGUCAAUUAUGAGUCGCAUGCACAAAUUGUUGACCCAUCUGACAAUUAUCCUGCAAGUUUCUUCACAGGCAAUUUACAACCUUUGAAGAAAACUUCUAAGAAGCAACCGACUGAACAAAAGGUUCAGUAUGUGACUCCACAGACAUACAGUGCACCUCCAAAAAUUAAAGAAAAUUAUCCAUCAUAUGUGGAAUUUAGUCAUUUGAAUCGCACAACAGAAUCAAGAAGGCCAACGACCUCAAGACAGAAGCAAAAAGUUCAAGCUGACUAUGCAGAUUAUAACUUUUACUUCCCGGAUAGUAAAAGAUUAAAUACAAAAACUCCAGCCAAAGCUUCAACAUCUCAAAAUAAUUUUGAUAAAUUCUAUCAGCCACAAACUGCUGGUGCUGUUGUCAGGAAGGAAGUCAAUAAAAACGGCGACGAAUUAACAUAUCAUUACUAUUAUCCAUCUGAAGAAUCGACACAAAUUGAGCAACAAAAACCUUCAAUUCCCUCAUCCACAAACAGUCCAACAUUUAGUACUUCCUCUAAUUUCAGUCCUUCAUCCAAUUUUAAUCCAUCAUCAAGUUACAGUCCAUCAACAACAUUCAGUCCCGUUACGACCUUUAAUCCAUCAUCCACAAGAACUCCUUUAUUAAAACAGCCAACAAAAAAGAAACUUCAUUCAUCGUCAUUCAGUCAUACAAUUGAGCAUACAUCCACCGACCCUUACCAAUAUCCUCCUGUCUUACAGCGACCCAAUGAAUAUGAAUUAAAAGGAAGCGAUGCUCCACAACAAAGCUUCUAUCCGACUUUUGAGAACCCAAAAAAUUAUAAAUCUCAAUCGACCUUAACUCCUUCCACAACAUCGCCAGUAAAGAUGUUAAAGCCAACAAAGAAGAACAAUUAUUAUUUGCCAUCAUCGACAAUGUCUGCAUCAACGACUGGUAAACCAAUGAAAAUUAGAAGACCAUCAACAGAAUAUCAAAAAUAUUCAUUGCCACCUUCCGUAUCAACAACAAUGGCACCACAUUAUUCAACUACGACUCGCGCACCGGAAUUGUAUAAAUAUUCGACAGCCUCGCCAAUCUCCUCAACAACUUUAAAUGAUUUUUAUUUUAAGCCAUCAACUCAAGUGACACCAACCAUAUCGUCAUCUUCAUCUGAUUUAUUUUCAGAAGGUAGCAAUGAACGGACAGUCGUAAUAAAACCAAAAGUUCAAUAUAAUUCAGAAAAUUAUGAGCAGCAACCGACAACAGUUAGGGAAAAGAUUGUCUACAAGUUUGUUGAUCCACAAGAAUAUUACGACUUUGAGUCUAAUAAAACAGACAGUGAAGUUAUUUACACGCCACCAAAUGCCUCUUAUGAGUCAGAAACCGCAAAAGCCCCGGAAUAUUAUCGAGCAUUAAAUACAUCGACGCAAGCUGAUAUGGACUUUUAUAACUCAUUCCAUAAAAAUUACAAUUAUCAAUACUUUACUGAACAAGAUGCCGGAAAGAUAGUUGAUGAUGGAGAAGAGAAAAUAGAUCGACAUUCAACGGAAUCUGAUGGAAUGGAUGUUAUGGAUGAUAGACAGAGAGCUAGUAAAAAGAAUAUGGUAUUUACAAUAGCAUCAGAGCCCAGAUAUCCACAAAGCUCAAUGAUUCCAGUUAAUGUUCAAGAUCAUGAAAUGCCACCUCCAAUGCCUUCAGAAAGUGACAGUGAUUUAGAUGCAGAAGCCUCAAAAAAUCAGCAAUACUUUGUUCUAUAUUCAGUUGAUGACGAUAAUCGACGUGAAAGAAAACAGAAGAAAAAGGGAAAACCAGAACAAGAUGUAGUAUAUCAUCAUCAUUUACAUCAACAUGAAGGCGAUAAGGAGUAUGAAGAUGGAGACUUCCAACAGUUUGACUCAGAAUUCGAUUCUGAAUUUGAUUCAGACUUAGUCAACAGUGACAAUGUAAGAAUAGUUGAUCCAAAUGUUCGAGGUGGACGUCCUUUAGAGUUCACUAAAGAUGACUAUUUAAGACAUAUUAAGCAAGCUGUUGUUCAGUACAUGAAGAAUUAUCCAGGCCAAAAAGACUCGAGUGCAUCAAGUAGCACAAGUAGAGUUAAAAGUCACAAAUACCAGGAGUUAAAUCAAGAUCAUAUGAGACCAACAAAGGCAUCAAUUCCUACGGCUUUACUAAGCAGUACAGCAGGCUAUAAGAGUACACUCGGUCCACAGCAAUACAAACAAAUGGCAUCACUCAAAUUACCGAAAAACGUUUAUACCGCAGACAAAUUAAAAGAUGCUAUCGAUGACAUGCAGGAAUCACCGCACGUUGAUUUAACAAUAAAGAAAUCGAAAGUAAAGCCAUUUGACCUGUCAGCAAUUGAUGUCGGACAAACUUAUCAGCAUGUUACUCAAUUCGAUCAUUCGGCAGCCUUAAAAAAUGUCGAAGAAUUUGAUCAAUCACAUGCCAUGGCAGGUAAUAAUAACAAACAGAAACUACACUUUUCGCAACAAACUUAUCAUGAUAUAAAUAAUUUGGGACAUAAUAAUCAGAAACAAAAAGUGUCAGAUGAUAAUGAUAGUGACAAUACAUACAAAGGAUAUGUGCUGCAAAACAAUAAAUAUGGAACAAAAUUAGUAAGCAAUCAGAAUCAAAACACAUUCUCGUCUAUGAAUUAUGACGCCAAUAAAUUACCAAGAAUUGUAUCUCAAAACAAUGAUGAUGAUGAAGACGAAAACAAGGUUGAUGAUACAAUUGAUGCUCCAAUUCAAAUAAUUAAUGGAAUUCCAGUUGCAAAUCCAUACAAUAUUGAUUUAAAUACGUUAAAAUACAUGUUAGGCGGGCUCGCUCAAGCUGAAGUCAAUGAUCAAGUAAGAGAUUUGGAUGAAAGCUCCUCUCAAAAGUUUAACAGCAAUUGGAAAGCUUUCUCGCCAGUUGGAUCAUUCACGUCAAAUAAUCCGAUCUAUCAAGUUUAUGGCCAACAACAGCAACAGCAACAAAAAGCAAACGAAAAUCAACAGCAAAAGCCAAAGAAGAACCAAUCAAACUCAAACAAGCAGCAGCAGCAGCAGCAACAACAACAACAAAGUCAGCAACAACAAUAUCAACAUAAAUUUCCACUUGUUGGAACUCUUAUGAAUUUAAAUAAGUCAAAGCAGAAUCAGCAACAGAACCAACAACAGAAUAAGCAGAGAAACAACAACAAUAAUAAUAAUAAUAAUAAUCAGCAUCAUCAAAUUAAGAAUGCUAUAAACAUUCACGAUUACAGUAAUUGGAAUCAAAUUAAUAAGAAGCAAAGAAUAGAGCCACAACCAGCACAAAGUCAGAAUGUUUUUGUUGUGAGACCAAUGAUUAGAAACAAGCAUGCAAGAGAUGAUAACAAGCCAACGAUAACGCGAUUCCGAGAACCUGCACGUGACAUGAGACCUCCACCGCCGCUUAAAUCUAAACCUCCCCAUCAACAGAUAAUGCUAGCAAGACUCAAUUAAUCUAAUAGAUCUUUAUAAAGUGUGUUAUAUUAUUAAGUUAUUUAAAUUAUUUAAUUAAUGCUUAUUGUUAUUUAUAUUAUGCGUGGGGUUUUAUCAGAUUGGAAUCAGGGAUAUCAAGUCAUGCAUAGGUGAAUCUGCCAGUAUAAGAGAAAAUGCAUUGGAUCUGAUACUUUCUUUUUUAUGAAGAUAAGAAUUCAGCUCCCAUCAGAAGCAUUAACAGAUUUGCUUCCAUAUGACUCGAUACCUCACAUCCCACUCUGCUUAGACCCCACAUUAUAAAAGAAAAGCCAAACUGAUGUUGUCAAUGAUUCAUUGUAGAAACAACUUGUAUGUUUAUAAACCUUCACGAGAAGAAUAUUUAACAUAGAUGCUUACGAAAGCAUUAAAAGAUUCAUUUUUCUUCCUUGAGUAAUUUUUUAUGAUGAAAAGCCACAUAUGAAGCAUC